GCCGCCGAGCUGCCCUCCCGCGCUCCCUCCUCAGCAGCAUGGGUCGCCUGCGGUCUGUGCUGCGCCGCUCCUGGCUGCCGGCCCUGCUGCUGCCGGCGCUGCUGGGUCCCCGCCCGGCCCCCGGGCAGCCCGUGCGCUGCGCCCCGUGCAGUCCGGACAGGAUCGCGCUCUGCCCGCCCGUCGCGUCCGACUGCCCGGAGGCGGCCCGGCAACCCGGCUGCGGUUGCUGCCAGACCUGCGCCCUCGGGCCAGGACAGCCCUGCGGGGUCUACACGGCCCGUUGCCGGCUGGGGCUCCGCUGCCACGUCCCCGCCGGGGAGCCCCGGCCCCUCUCUGCCCUCAUCCAGGGGCACGGGACGUGCCUGCCCGCCAGCGAGGUCGGAGGGAUACGCACGGAAGAGCCGGCAGACCCUGUCGAACCUGAUGAUAUGCCUUUGGAAAGCACUGAAAUAACACAGGAUCAGCUGCUGAACUAUCAGUUAAUGUUUCCCAUGGGCCAGGAUAAGUCUAUUCCCUGGAAUGCCAUCACUGCUUAUGAAAACAUGAAAGCAAAGAGAAUAUCUGAACUCAAGACAUGGAAAGAGCAGGGUCCUUGUCAGAAGGAGCUCUACAGAGCCCUGUAUAGAUUGGCGAAGGCUCAGCAGAGAAGUGGAGGGGAGAUUUACAAAUUCUAUUUGCCCAACUGCAACAAGAAUGGAUUUUACCACAGCAAACAGUGCGAAACUUUACUGGAUGGAGAGUCUGCUGAAUGCUGGUGUGUCUAUCCAAAAAGUGGCAGACGAAUUCCUGAAUCUCCAGAAAUUAAAGGAGACCCAGAAUGCCAACAGUACCUCAACUCCCAAGCAUAAAACCAAGUUUUCUGAGGGCCUGUUCUAGUCAGGAGCCAUUCCAGUCAGGAGCCAUUUCACUAAUGUAGUUCUGUGCACCUGAUUUUCAAUGUAUGAGUAAUGCCAUAAAGUAACAUUUUUACUGCACUGAGAUUGCCUAGAUGCUCAAGUGACAAAUAUGAGCAACUGCAAGAUCAAAUUCUAUAAUCUUGUAUAUUUUGUUCUUAUAAUAUUAUAGAUAUCCUCACAUGUAAAGCUGUUGAAUUAUUUAUUUCACAGUACAUGUAUUUUUGUCUCUAUGUGUUGUUACUAAUUUAUAUUCUCAAACAUGAUAUGUAACAUUCUUCAUAACUUGAUAUGUAAAUACUUAAUAUUAUUGCUCUUAAAUGUAUACAACAUAUGUUGGAGGAAUGUUGCUACUUAAGACUUCAAAUGGCAUACUAUUGGGAAAAUUGUUUGUAAAAUUGCAUUUUUUAUACUAUGUAUUUAUAGCGUCAAACUGAAUUUUAAAAAAUAAACUUCAGUAGAGAGCAUGCUUAGAAACUUACUUAAAACCUGUUUUGCAUAUAUAUCCUGUUACUUUUGCACCUCUGUUUCAAUGUCAAGCUGUUUCUCAAAAAAGAAAGUCUAAACCUUAAUUGUAUACUGGAGCUCCUGAUGGGACAGUAUUUGUAUCUAUUCUUCAAAUAUAUGCACUGGAUGAAUGGCAAAACGCAACAGGAUAUUCUGCACCACCUUUGACAGGUGUAAGUCAUUCACAUGUUGACAAUGUCAUGUUAUUUAAGAUGAACUAUUAAAUAAUGUCUUCUGCUUUG